CGCGUUGAGGUCCCUAAGACGACGACGAUGCCAGUUGCGACGGGGACCGUGGCGACUAAAGUGCCCGGCGACUGGGCGCCCAGCGCCUAUCGCACCGUGGCCGCCGAACUGACGGCAUCGCUCGACCUGGGCCCCUCUGCGCCCGAAGUCAUCGACACGCUGGUCCACGUACAUUUUUCCGUCUACCAGCAGGCAGAGAGGCUCAAGCGGCGUCAAGGCAGGAGGCUACAGCUUGGUCCGCGGUCCUUUCUUGAUCUGAUCCACCACUAUGUUGGGCUCAGCGACGAAAAGAGAGAAGGGCUCGAGGAAGAGCAACGACAUCUCAACGUCGGCUUGGACAAGCUAAAGGAGACGGUCGAGGCAGUGUCAGAGCUGCAAAAGAGUCUGGCAGUCAAGCGGACGCAGCUCGAGGCUAAAAAUGCAGAAGCCAACGAGAAGCUGCAGCGAAUGGUUGCGGACCAGAAGCAGGCAGAAGAACAGAAGGCAGCGUCGAUUGAGAUCCAGAGCAACCUCGAGAGGCAGGAAAAGGAGAUUGGAGAGCGAAGAGAGGUCGUCAUGAAGGAUCUCGCCGACGCCGAACCGGCUGUCCAGGAAGCGCAGUCCUCGGUCAGCAACAUCAAGAAACAGCACUUGACAGAGGUCCGUUCGAUGGGCAAUCCACCAGCGCCCGUCAAGAACACGAUGGAGUCGGUCUGCAUCGCUUUAGGCCAUCGCGUCGAUAGCUGGAAGACGGUACAAGGCAUUAUCAGGAGGGACGACUUCAUCUCGUCGAUUGUCAACUUCGAUACCGAUCGACAGAUGACGAGGACUGUCCGUGAAAAGAUGAAGAGAGACUACCUCAGCAAGCCGGACUACAACUACGAGACGAUCAGCAGGGCGUCCAAGGCUUGUGGCCCUCUGGCCAAAUGGGUCAUUGCACAGGUCCACUUCUCAGAGAUUCUCGACCGUGUCGGACCUCUGCGGGACGAGGUCGACUCGCUCGAGAAUCAAGCACAAGAGACCAAGGAGCAAGCCGGGACGAUAGUGACGAUGAUUUCAGAGCUUGAGGCCAGCAUCGGUCGAUACAAGGACGAGUACGCGGCCUUGAUCAGCGAGACGCAGUCCAUCAAGAGCGAGAUGGAGAGAGUGCAGAGGAGGGUCGAUAGGAGCAUACAGCUCCUUGACAGCCUUGGCUCCGAGAAGGAGCGCUGGGAGGCUGGCAGCCGCACGUUCGAUACUCAGAUGAGCACCAUCGUCGGCGAUGCGCUCCUCUCAGCUGCCUUUCUCACCUAUGCUGGAUUCUUUGACCAGCAGUAUCGCGAGUCGAUGUGGCAUGGAUGGGUGGCUCACCUACAACACGUUGGCGUCAAGUUCAAGCCCGAGCUGUCCUUCGCCGACUACCUGUCCACGGCCGAUGAUCGCCUUGGCUGGCAGUCGAAGUCACUCCCGGCCGACAUUCUUUGUACCGAGAACGCCAUCAUGCUUCAACGAUUCAAGAGAUUCCCUCUCAUCAUCGACCCCUCCGGCCAGGCGACGACGUUCCUCACGAAUGAGUACCGCGAUCGCAAGCUUACAGUCACGUCCUUUCUGGACGAGGCCUUUCUCAAAAAUCUCGAGAGCGCCUUGCGUUUCGGAAAUCCCCUCUUGAUCCAAGACGUCGAGCAUCUCGACCCUAUCAUUAAUCCAGUCCUCAAUGGCGAGCUUCGCAAGACGGGUGGUCGCGUGUUGAUCCGAUUAGGCAGCCAAGAGAUCGACUACUCGCCUUCCUUCACCAUGUUUCUCUCGACGAGAGAUCCCUCGGUCGAGUUCACACCCGAUGUCUGCAGUCGUGUCACCUUUGUCAACUUCACGAUGACCAGGGGCAGCUUGCAGAGCCAGAGCUUGGAUCAGGUUCUCAAGUCCGAGAGGCCAGACACGGACAAGAAGCGGACAGACCUGAUGAAGCUUCAAGGCGAAUUCCGACUGCGUUUGCGGCAUCUCGAGAAGAGUCUUCUAAAUGCCUUGAACGAAAGCAAAGGAAACAUUCUCGACGAUGACAAGGUCAUCGACACGCUCGAGACGCUUAAGAAGGAGGCGGCCGAGGUGACCAGCAAAGUGGAAGAGACUGAUGCCAUCAUGCAAGAGGUCGACGAGGUGACACAACAGUACAUCCCUCUGGCCAAGGCUUGCAGCUCUCUCUUCUUUGUUCUCGACCAGCUCAACCUCGUCAAUCACUUCUACCAAUUCUCGCUGCGCUUCUUCCUGGACAUCUUCGACUUUGUCCUGAGGCGCAAUCCGAACCUCCAAGGCGUCACCGAUCCCAAGGAGCGUCUCAAUAUCUUGACUCGAGACCUUUUCCUCCUUGUGUACAAGAGAACGAACCGGGCGCUCAUGCACCACGACCACGUCAUGCUCGCCAUGCUCCUUGCACAAAUUUGGGCCCGAGAAGGCGACGACCCGGACGCAUUCGAGGGUGACGAGUUCGAUUUCCUACUGGAGGGCGGUGAUGUCGUAGGGGCGCCGCCUCCUCAAACCGGCGGUGUCUUGGAUGAGCUACUCAAUGUCGAGCAACGUCAACGUUUGACGGCAUACAAACGAUUGGCUCUCUUCCGAUCCGUCGAGCAGCACAUUGAGGGCAAUGGGUCGCUUUGGCGAGCGUUUCUGGAGUCCAAUUCACCUGAGAACGAGGUGCCGGUCUUCUGGGAGGCAGAAGGCUCAUCUCAGCUCAGCACCCUGGUCCGUAAACUGCUCGUCGUCAAAUGUUUGCGGCCGGACCGAGUAAUUCAAGCCAUGACGACGCUCGUCAACACCGUCUUCGCCACCGACAUUCUCUCUGAGACGGCCUAUGACCUGCAGAGCAUCGUCUCGGACGAGGUGGGGCCACAAACUCCCGUCGCUCUGUGCUCGGUACCGGGCUUUGACGCCAGCUAUCGCGUCGACGGUCUAGUUCGCGCCACUGGGACAAAGUGCAACUCGGUCGCCAUGGGCUCUCAAGAGGGCUUCUCGCUCGCCGACCAGGCCAUUGCCGCAGGAGCGCGGGCCGGCCACUGGGUCCUACUCAAGAACGUCCAUCUUGCCCCGUCGUGGCUCUCUCAGCUCGAGAAGAAGAUGCUUGGCCUCAAUGCCAACCGCAAUUUCCGCCUCUUUCUCACAUGCGAGACCAACCCUGUGAUUCCCGUCAAUUUCUUGCGAGCCAGCAGAAUCCUCAUGAACGAGCCACCACCGGGCCUGCGAGCCAACAUGAUGGACAGCCUACGGAGCAUCUCGCCCUCCCGCCUUCAAAAGGGCCCAGCCGAAGUCAUGCGCCUCUUUUUCCUCCUCUCGUUCUUCCAUGCCACCCUCACGGAGCGACUGCGAUAUACCCCGCUUGGUUGGUCGAAGGCCUUCGAAUUCAACGAUUCCGAUGCGGAAACGGCUCUCGACACGAUUGAAGCUUGGGUUGGCCGAGUAGCAAAGGGGCGAAGCAACGUCGACCCUGCCAGCAUCCCUUGGGACGCCCUUCGUUCGCUGCUCAAGCAGAGCAUCUAUGGCGGCAAGAUUGACAAUGGCGCCGAUCAGAUCCUGCUUGACUCUUUUGUCGAUGGUCUCUUUACGCCUCGAGCCUACGAGCAGACGUUCGCCCUCGUCGAGGAUAAAGACGAACCAUUGAUUGCGCCAGAGGGUACAAAAAUGGAUCAAUUUAUGGCGUGGGUGCAGAAGUUGCCGGACCAGCAGCCUCCCCAAUGGCUGGCCCUACCUCCGACCGCAGAGAGGGUCAUCGCGACGGCGCAGGGUGCCGCAGUGCUCAGCAAGCUCGUUAAGAUGAGGCAGCUGGCUGAUGACGACGAUGACGAACCUGCGACACCCGCCAAACCCACUGAACUGGGAGCAGGUCCUAGCAAUGGUCAUACAGCGACAGCGGCGUCGGCGGCCUCUCAGCAACCGGCUUGGAUGAAAGCUCUGUACCAAAACGCCAAGGAGUGGCUGGAAGCGCUGCCCAAGGAAAUUUCAACCCUCAAGGGAACUUCUGACAGCAUCGCGAAUCCCCUCUUCAGGUUCUGGGCCAGAGAGCACCGCCAGGGUUCGCAGCUCCUCAAGGUUGUUCGGCAAGAUCUCUUGGAGGUCAUGGAGGUGUGCCUAGGCGAAAAAAGGCAAACGAAUCACAACCGACAGCUGCUCAAUGACUUGCCCAAGGGCAUCGUGCCGGCCAACUGGCGCCAAUACCCCAUCGCCAAGACGAUGACACUCGGCCUCUGGAUUUCCGAUCUGGCCCAGCGACUGGCCCAAUUGCAAGCCAUUACGACUGAGACUCGCUUUGAGCUAUUUGCUGUCACCCUUGGCCUCCUAUUCUCCCCGGGCGCAUACCUCACGGCGACACGGCAAGCUGUCGCCCAUCGGACAAGGGUCUCGCUCGAGAAUCUAAAGCUGGACCUGAGGAUCAACAACCUCUCGGCCGGCUCCAUCACGACAGGAUUUACAAUCAAGGGUCUGAAGCUCGAAGGCGCCGAUUGGCAGCAAGCCGGUGGGAUUGGUUCGUUGAAGCUCAAUGACGGCGCAACGACGCUCUUGGACGAUUGCACCCUUGUCUGGAUCCCCCAAGCGGAAUGGGACGCAUCGAGACAAAGGGGAGGGGCGGCAGAAGAGCAGAGGGUGCCCCUCAGCGUCUACCUCAACGCCGAUAGACAGAUUUCUCUCUUCCACAUUGAUCUACCCGCGACAAAGGGACUCAAGAGUGGCGUCGUUGCGCAGAGAGCCGUUGCGCUCCGGGCUGCUUGAGGGAAGACUUAGAGAACACUUGUGAUUCAGUAUCUGUAUAGUACUCUACAACAGGACGAGAAAGAUAGAGGAGGU